CUGCAAGGGAUAAAUAAAGUAAUUCUGAUUUUGAUCACACAUUGAACGUGGGCUGUUCGCAUGAACGGGUGAAGCGCACCACAGUGGGCCUUCGUGUUUCCUCCCGUGUGAACUCUUCGGAGGCUGGGGCUGUCGACAGCCUGCAGGGAGACGACGUCCGUCCCCCUCUGUUGUGGAAAUGAGGAGCGUCUGAGGCCGGGCGCAGCUGACAGGGGGGCCGUACUGACGACAGCAUCCUCCGCCGCCCGGAGGCUCCACUCCACUCCACUCCGCUCCACACCUGACCGACUCCAUCAGACCCACGUAGGAUGGAGCUCGGCGCGCUGCCGGGUUAUCCUGCUGCCACCAUUUCGCUUUUCCUGACACAUGUUCUCCAGACGCCUCUGCGUAAUCGCCUUACCUGAGAUGCUCGUUUCGCUUUUAAACCUGACUAUUAAGCGGAUGGUCCGUGGGAUUUGGAUUUGUAUGUAUUGCGAUCAUUGACUGAUCGGCUCGAGGUGCUUUUUUUUUUUUUUUUUUUUUUUCUGCUCUCCUGGCAAACGCGAGCAGGAGUGGGCUGAUGCGGCGUCGCUGGUAAACACCAGAAAUGGGUGUCAUCGCACCAAGGUCGCCCAUUCCGGCUCCCUCUCGGACCUGAUAUUCGUUUUCCUUAUGAUAAGACAUCGGCAGGAUCCAGGUCUUAAACAUCUACAAGGUCCGACACUGAGCAGGCUUCAGUCAAGCAAACAAAUGGUCCGAUCAAUAGCCGCUGGACAUAGUCUACCAUAGGGAGGAUAUCAAUACCACUUUUAAGGCGCUUCACACGUACACGGGCACACGCGGGCCAUGGCACUGGAAAACUCUGUAUUCCCCUCCCGUCCGGACUCCCUGGCCCUGCCUGUGGAGGAGAAGGGGGAGGGGGAGGACGUGGAGGUGGCCACCGAGGCCACCGCGUCCACCGGCGUCUUCAACCUAUCGGAGGAGCUGGGCCACGUCGUCACCACGGAGACGGAUCCUUCCCCUCCCACCCCGGUUAAGGUCAAGAGGUCAUUCCAGGCCAAGCUGGCCGAGCGGGAGGCCACAGCCAAUCAGCCCCGGAAGAAGCCUCAGGGGACGGAGAAGGAGCGCGGACGGUUCGGGUGGGCCCGGGCUCGGCGUAAGAGGCAGCGCUACGUGGAGAAGAACGGCCGCUGCAACGUCCAGCACGGCAACAUGCGGGAGACCUACCGCUACCUGACCGACAUCUUCACCACGCUGGUGGACCUCAACUGGCGCUGCUCGCUCUUCGUCUUCGUCAUGGCCUACGCCGUCACGUGGCUCUUCUUCGGCGCCAUCUGGUACCUCAUAGCCUACUGCAGAGGUGAUCUGGACCAUCUGGAGGAUGAGACCUGGACGCCGUGCGUAAACAAUGUCAACGGCUUCGUCUCGGCCUUCCUCUUCUCCAUCGAGACGGAGACCACGAUUGGCUACGGCCACCGGGUCAUCACCGACCAGUGUCCAGUGGGCACCAUGCUGCUGCUGCUUCAAGCCAUACUGGGAUCAAUGGUGAACGCCUUCAUGGUGAGCAGAGAGCUGAAGCGAGAGCUGACUCUCAAAAACUCAGAUAUCCUCCGCUGCAUCUUAUUCUGGGCUCCGGGUCGCCGUUUGCUUCCUGGCCCCUCCCCCUUUCCGCAGGUGGGCUGCAUGUUCGUGAAGAUCUCGCAGCCCAACAAACGAGCCGAGACCCUGGUGUUCUCCAAGCACGCCGUCAUCUCCCUGAGAGACGACAAGCUCUGUCUGAUGUUCCGGGUGGGAGACCUUCGCAGCUCCCACAUCGUGGGGGCCAACAUGAGGGCCAAGCUCAUCAAGUCCAAGCAAACCCAGGAGGGCGAGUUCAUCCCUCUGGACCAGACUGAUAUAAGCGUGGGCUUUGAGACGGGCGAUGACCGGCUCUUCCUGGUCUCUCCUUUGGUGAUCUCCCAUGAGAUCGAUGCGAAUUCGCCCUUUUGGGACAUGUCGCAAUCCCAGCUGGAGAAGGAGGACUUCGAGAUCGUGGUCAUUCUGGAGGGAAUGGUGGAGGCCACUGGGAUGACGUGCCAGGCCCGGAGCUCCUACCUGGCGGAGGAGGUGCUGUGGGGCCACCGGUUCAGCCCCAUGAUGCUGCUGGCCGAGGGCUUCUUCGACAUCGACUACGGAGCCUUUCAUCACACCUUUGAGGUGGGCACGCCCUCCUGCUCGGCGCGGGAUCUCUCGGUGGCCGCGGCCCGACUGGACGCUCACCUUUACUGGUCCAUCUCCAGCCGACUGGACGAGGAGCCCACCCUGACCAACCCGGCCGGCAAGCAGCCCGAGAGCGGCACGGCCGACAGCAAGGCGGGGGAGGCCAAGUUCACCGUGGGAGAGAUGACCGACAUCCAGGAGCAGUCUGGACUGGGCGAGCUGAACGGCAGCGUUGCCACCGAUCAAUCAGAAACAGAGGCCUAGAACAGAGAAUGUAAACAGAGACCCUCAGAGACACCCCGGUUAGACGUUAAAGUCCUUUUCUUUAAAGGCAGCUGAGUAGUCCCAUUAGCUCCACAGUAGACGCCAAACCCCAUGUUGCCAUAUGGAAAAAGAUAGUUUAUUAAUAUUUUGUCUUUUCUUUGUAUGUUCCUCUUUGUUUACAAGUGUACUGUAUGCGUACUACAGCCCUUUUGAUUUUUGUGUUAGCUCCAAUCACCUUUGCCUAUAUCUCCUUUAAAACCACGAUACUAUGCUUCAGGUGGGCCGGGCGGCAGAAAAUUGGGCAGCACAGUGUGACAGAAAACGGGGACUCAUCAAGAUGGACAGGCCCAGGAUUAAUCGCAUUUCAAUAGGACCAGUUUAUUUAGAUGCUUUAAUUCCACCUGCACUCUACUAUAAAUUAAUAAGGCGCAACAGAACCAUCAGCAAGGCGGGGGGGGGCAAAGCUACACCAGCUCAUAGAUUAUAAGCCUGCUCUUUAUUUGGCUACCAACUAUAUUUUGGUGCUCAGAAAACGUGUAGAUUACUAUUUUUGUGGCCAAAAUUUUAAGAGGAUUUGUGAAGAUCAGUGCUGGUUUCCUUUCUUUAGGGCAGUCGCCUCGUGACGACUUAGUCUUCAGGAGUUACUCAAUACUAUCAACACUCACAGCAGAGCUCACUUUCCUUGUUCCACUCCAAACUUUAAUGUAAGGUAGGACGUUUGAGGACUGUUGUGUCACGUUUAGAGGCUGUAGCACAAAGGUUGUCUCUCCUCCGUGUACCCCGGCCAGAUAGAAAACCAAAAGCACAACGGCGUCCCGCUCAGUUAGGCCCAGAGUCCUGCUUCUGCUGCUGUGUGGUCAUUUUUACUGGGUGUUUUUCAAAUUUAAAAUCACACACCGAUUAGACAGAAUAAAGUAUGAUAUAUUCCAAAGCGCUGGCGUCUGAUUGUUUUGUGGUUCUGGGAAUACUUUGAGAGAAUUAAGGAAUGGAUGCAUCUGAAAAAAAUGUGUUUUUACACUAAAAACAAAAUGUUGAAUAUCUUUCUCCAAGUUCCCCCUUUUUAUUUCAGUGUUUACAGUGAAAACUAAAAGUUUAAUGACUGAAGUGUUCUUUUAUGUAAGAUUUCUGGUCCCCCCAGAAGAUAAGAACUUUUACUUUAUGUGGGCAGUUGUACAUUUUCAUUAUUUAAAAGCCUAUUUUAAAUUGAACCCAAAGUCUAAAUAGUUUAUAAUAAUAAAGCCUAUGAUUAUUCCAUUCUAUAUAUAAUGUAUGAUAUUAUGUUUUAUUAACACUGCAUAAAGCAGUUCAAAUAAACUGUACCUCC